CACUUACUCUCCCUCCCAGUUGCCCAGUGGGACAGUUGGGUCUCAGCACCUCAAGCCGCUCCAUCAACACCACAAGCCAAACCAAACAGUGAACCAGCCAUGAGCAAGUCCUUCGCCUCAUCAGCCCAGUCGGCCUCCUCGUACCGCCGCACCUUCGGCUCAGGCGUCGGUUCAACUCCGAUGUCUUCCCACUUCUCCUCUGGAGGAGGAGGAGGCCGCAGCUCUUCAAGCCACAUGUCAAGCAGAGUCUACGAGGCCAAGAGCUCCGCCAUGCCCGCUUAUUCCAGCUACAGGGUGUCCUCUGGUGCUGGAGGGGCAGGGUACGCCUCCUCCUCAGCCAUGCGCACCUACUCCGGCGAGAAGCUCGACUUCAACCUGGCCGACGCCAUGAACCAGGACUUCCUCAACACAAGGACCAACGAGAAGGCCGAGCUCCAGCACCUCAACGACCGCUUUGCCAGCUACAUCGAGAAGGUGCGUUUCCUGGAGCAGCAGAAUGGGGCCCUGACGGUGGAGAUCGAGAAGCUGAGGGGCCGCGAGGGGCCCGGGCGCGUGUCCGACAUCUACGAGGAGGAAAUGAGGGAGCUGAGGAGGCAGAUAGAGGCCAUCUCCAACCAGCGCGCCCGCGUGGAGGUGGAGAGAGACAACCUGGCAGAUGACCUGCAGAAAGUGAAGAUGAGACUGCAAGAGGAGGUUCAUCAGAAGGAAGAGGCUGAGAGCAACCUGUCUGCUUUCAGAGCCGACGUAGACAAUGCCACUCUGGCCAGGCUGGACCUGGAGAGACGGAUUGAGAGUCUGCAGGAGGAGAUCGCCUUCCUCAAGAAGAUCCAUGAGGAGGAAAUCCAUGAGCUGCAGGGCCAGAUGCAGGAGACCCAGGUCCAGGUCCAGAUGGACAUGUCCAAGCCCGACCUGACCGCUGCUCUGAGGGACAUCCGCAUGCAGUACGAGGGCAUCGCCGCCAAGAACAUCUCAGAGGCUGAGGAAUGGUACAAGUCUAAGGUGACUGACUUGAGCCAGGCUGUGAACAAGAACAACGAUGCACUGCGUCAGUCCAAACAGGAGAGCAUGGAGUACAGACACCAGAUCCAGUCCUACACCUGUGAGAUCGACUCACUGAAGGGCACCAAUGAGUCUCUGCUGCGCCAGAUGAGAGAUAUGGAGGAUCGCAUGGGCCGUGAAGCCUCUGGUUUCCAGGAUACCAUCACAAGGCUGGAGGAAGACAUCAACAAGAUGAAGGAUGAUAUGGCUCGCCACCUGAGAGAGUACCAGGACCUCCUCAACGUGAAGAUGGCCCUUGAUAUUGAAAUUGCCACCUACAGGAAGCUGCUGGAGGGAGAGGAGAGCAGGAUCACCACCACUGGACCUGUCCAGACUUCUUAUUCCACCAUUGGAUUCAGAGAGACCAGUCCCGAGUCCCAGCAUCAACGCUCAUCAGAGGUUCACUCCAAGAAAACUGUUCUCAUCAAGACCAUUGAGACCCGCGAUGGAGAGAUGAAGUAUGCUCUGAGCCAGGGCGCUAGUGCCCAGUGUGUGGUCAGCGAGUCCACACAGCACCAGCAAGACAUCAUGUAAACAAUAAGAGGCAACAAAAGAAACACAAUGUUUAAUAAAUAAACAAAAAGAAUAGUGCAACCAUUUACAUUAUCCAAUGACGAUGACGAUUUAUGAGCUGAGUCCAUUUUUAGGUACGGAACUCUGAUCGAUUAAAUGGAAAUUAUUAUGAAAGUGAAUGCAACCAGUAUAUGUACUGUAUACAUAAUAAACAGCAUAGUGGAGCUGUGACGGUGCACUGCAUUCCAGGAAUUUACACUUUGUUAAUGCUACUUUCUGUCUCUCAAAUAAAGACCUGAGUAUCUUGUCCACAAACGUGCAAA